AUGAAAAGGAAAGAAUUUGGUUUCAUAGGACUACAAUGGCAACAGACUUUGAACAUUCUCAAGGACACAACAUCAGCCAUUGUUUUCAUGCAUAACUUUGAACCCCAGUUCAUUUAUGCAGACCUCAAACCAGGAAAUAUUUUACUUGAUGAGGGCGGAAAAGUGAAGAUAGGUGACUUUGGCUCGGCCAUGCCAAAUGGUAGAAACAUACCUACAACUACUCCUGGAUAUUCAGCACCAGAGAUCACAGUGCAUGCAAGUGCAGAUGUAUACAGCUUGGGCAUCUUGAUGUUGCAGCUUAUCAUGAAAGUUGAAGAAGUGACCUUUACAGGAGCUAAGAAAAGAGAGAGAUUUAAUCAUGUGUGCAAAGGAGAAGCAACGCAUUAA